CGCACCUUCAGGUCCGAGUCCUCCGCGACCUGGGAAGUGCGCUGUCUCCGUGGGCCCGGCUGCUGACCUGGAAAACAACGAGGGCAGAAGCUCCAGCAGGAGAAGAAGAAGAAGAAGCUGUGCUCCUGGAACUGGAUGAAACUACCAUCUUUAUUAUUCCUGAUACUUUCCUGUGAGUGAAAAGUGAAGAGUGAGCUAUGAGCACAUUCCUGAGGAGCUGGAUCUGGAUGCUUUUCUUGUCUCCUAACCUGAGAUGUGACGCUGAUCCAGGUCCUGAUACAGAUGGUCUGGCUGAAGCUCAAAGUGGUGCUGCACCUACAGCUGAAGGUUAUUUCCUGGAGUUCCAGGGGCCAGUCAACAACAUCACCCACUUCCAGGGCCAGACAGCCACGCUGCACUGCAGAGUGACGGGAAACCCUCGACCCUCCAUCCGCUGGCUGAAGAACGAUGCCCCUGUGGUCCAGGAGCAGGGACGCAUAACCAUCCGCAAGACGGAAGCGGGGUCAAAGCUCCGCAUCCAGGACCUGGACACCACAGACACUGGCUACUAUCAGUGUGUCGCCUCCAACUCGCUCAAGGUCAUCUCUGCCACAGGCGUCCUGUAUGUUAAACUAGGACAGGUGCCCACACAUGGCCCAGAUCAACCGUCACGUGAGAAAGGUUUCUGCCAGCCGUACCGAGGCAUCGCCUGCGCUCGCUUCAUCGGCAACCAGAGCAUCUACGUGGAGUCGCUGCAGAUGCAGGGGGAGAGUGAAAACCGCAUCACAGCUGCUUUCACCAUGAUUGGCACCUCCACCCAUCUGUCAGAUCAGUGCUCCAGGUUUGCCAUCCCGUCCUUCUGCUACUACGUCUUCCCUCUCUGUGACGAGGGCUCUAGGGGCCCUCGUCAGCGUCAGCUUUGUCGAGACGAGUGCGAGGCCCUGGAGAACGACCUGUGCCACGCCGAGUACACCAUCGCCCGCACCAAUCCCAUGAUCCUCAUGCAGCUGAAGCUCCCCAGCUGCCACCUACUGCCACGGCCCGGCACACCUGAUGCUGCUUCCUGUAUGAGGAUAGGAGUGCCACAGGAAAAACUAGGUCCAUAUUCCCCCACAGAUGACAUCUGCUACAAUGGAAGUGGGGCUGACUACAGGGGCACAGUCAGCAUCACGAAAUCCGGUCACCACUGCCAGAGGUGGAGCACUCAGCACCCUCACGCUCACCAUCUGUCCCAGGAUUACCCCGAGCUCUGGUCAAGUCACAACUUCUGUCGCAACCCAGGAGGCCAGAUGCAGGCGCCUUGGUGUUUUACCCAGGACCCUCAGGUCAGGGUGGACCUGUGUGACAUCCAGCCCUGCAGGCCUCCAGACAACCCCAGGAAGGAGAUCCUGUUCAUUCUAAUCCCUGCCAUCGCCAUCCCGCUGGUCAUCGCUUGCCUCUUCUUCCUGGUGUGUAUGUGUCGCAAUAAGCAAAAGGCUUCGACUGACACACCACCUCACUGCCAGCUCAGCAGCUCACCCAGCCAGGACAUGGAGCUGUCUCUGCUCAGUCAGCAGAAACACCAGGGGAAGCUGCGGGAGAUCAACAUGUCGGCGGUACGCUUCAUGGAGGAGCUUGGUGAGGAUCGUUUUGGCAAGGUUUACAAGGGCCACCUGUACGGCACCACACCUGGUGAGCAGAGCCAGGUGGUAGCCAUCAAGACUUUAAAAGACAAGGUCGACACCGCUCUCUGUGAGGAGUUCCGCCAUGAAGCCAUGCUCCGCUUCCACUUACAGCACCAGAACAUAGUUUGUCUGCUGGGUGUGGUCACCAAAGAGCAGCCAAUGAGCAUGAUAUUCACCUACUCCAGCCUGGGUGACCUGCACGAGUAUCUGGUGAUGCGCUCCCCCAACUCAGAUGUGGGCAGCUCAGAUGAUGACAAGACAGUCAAGUCCACUCUGGAGCAGGCUGACUUUCUUCAUGUCAUCACCCAGAUCGCUGCUGGAAUGGAGUACCUCUCCAGCCAGCAAGUCGUUCACAAAGACCUCGCUGCCCGGAACAUUCUAGUCUUUGACAAACUCAGUAUCAAGAUCCUGGAUCUGGGCCUGUUCAGAGACGUCUACUCUGCUGAUUACUACAAUCUCAUGGGCACAAGCUCUUUCCCCAUUCGCUGGAUGUCCCCAGAAGCAAUAAUGUACGGCAAGUUCUCCACAGAAUCCGACAUCUGGUCAUAUGGUGUGCUGCUGUGGGAGACUUUCAGUUAUGGGCUGCAGCCAUAUUGUGGCUACUCUAACCAGGACGUGAUCGAGAUGGUCCACAGCCACCAGCUGCUGUCCUGUCCAGACGACUGCCCGGCCUGGAUCUACACCCUCAUGCUGGAGUGUUGGAGUGAAUUCCCAGCAAGAAGGCCUCGCUUCAAGGACAUCCACACACGUCUGCGCUCCUGGGAGAGUCUGUCCAACUGUAACAGCUCUGCUCAGACGUCCGGCACCAGCAACACAACCCAGACCAGUUCUCUCAGCACCAGCCCUGUGAGCAACAUCAGCAUGAGCACAGCGAACGCAUCACGCUACACCAGCCCUAAAAAGAGCCUGCCUUUCCAUCCGCCCCAGUUCAUGGCCAUGAAGGGUCAAAUGCAUCGGCCCAUGGUUCCCCCACAGCUCUACAUCCCCGUCAACGGGUAUCACCCCAUGUCACCUUACCCCUACCUGCAGAACUUUUACCCCAUGCAAAUACCCAUGGCCAUGCCCCACCAGCAGAUGCACCACCCACCACAAAUGGUUACCAAAGCUAGUUCUCACCAUAGUGGCAGUGGAUCCACAUCUACAGAUUAUGUCACCUCUGCUCCUUCCAGUGCCUCUGUCACAGAGCGAGCAGCUUUACUAAGUGAGAACUCCAAGACCAAUGAUGAGGACUUAGCCGACGGGGCAUCCCAGAAAGAGCUGGACCAGAAUGAGGACUUGUCAGUGCCUGAAACAGAAUUGUUAGGUGACAAUGACCCUCCGCAGACUGAUGAACUGGCGGUCAACCUGUCAGACACAUAAGUGUGUUGCUGUCUGACGGACAGCAGAGCUGAAAUAUUCUGUGAGCUGUGCUUGCUUGCCAAAAAUUCAGUGAGCAGCAUAAAGUAAAAGUGACUGAAUGUUUUCUAUGAGUUUUUUAGCUAUUACUGACACAUUUGAAUGUCAAGUGUGUCUCAUGUUUGUACCUCUCACACGCCUGUGUCUUGCCCCCAAUACCCACCCCCCCACUUCAGAUGACAUGCACCUCUUUACAGGCACCACAGCCUACCAGAAGGAAUUACUAGUUCAGCAGAAAGCGAGGCUACGUCCACACUACUACUACGUUUCCUCCUGCCGUCCACACCGCUCCAAAUUUUUCAGCCCCUUAAAACAGAAACUUUCAGAAACUCUGCUGAACCUGUUUUAUUUUGAAAACUCUGGGGUUGUGUUGUAUCUGGACGACAGAA